AUGUUGGUCAUCCUUUUGAACUGCGUUACACUGGGAAUGUUCCAGCCAUGUGAAGAUGUGGCAUGUAGGUCUGAUCGAUGUACCAUACUUAAGGCAUUCGAUGACUUUAUUUUUGCCUUCUUUGCUGUGGAAAUGGUCAUUAAGAUGAUAGCUCUUGGGAUAUACGGACAGAAAUGUUACCUAGGAGAUACUUGGAAUCGUCUGGACUUCUUCAUUGUAAUGGCAGGGAUGCUGGAAUAUUCACUGGAUGGACACAAUGUUAGUCUCUCCGCAAUCCGAACUGUCCGGGUUCUCAGACCACUAAGAGCCAUUAACCGAGUUCCAAGUAUGAGAAUUCUAGUGACUUUACUACUUGAUACUCUGCCUAUGUUAGGCAAUGUCCUUCUCCUUUGUUUUUUUGUCUUCUUUAUAUUUGGGAUUGUCGGAGUCCAGCUGUGGGCCGGUCUACUAAGGAACAGGUGUUUUUUNGAAGGCAACUUUGCAAUGUAUUACAAUGUUUCGUUACCUUUAUAUUACCACGCUCAUGGGGAUGAGAGUCCAUUUAUUUGUUCACUGCCUCAAGAUAACGGUAUGCAGAAAUGCCUGGAACUUCCGAAUUUUAAAGAAAAUGGAGCCAAAUGUUUCCUCAGCCUGGAUCCUUACAACCACCUAACAUACAAUUCGGAAGUGAGCAACAGAAGUGGCUGUAUAAACUGGAAUCAAUAUUACAACGUGUGCAACACCGGAAAUGUAAACCCCCAUAAGGGAGCCAUCAAUUUUGAUAAUAUAGGAUAUGCCUGGAUCGCCAUUUUUCAGGUUAUUACCCUGGAAGGAUGGGUGGACAUCAUGUAUUAUGUUAUGGAUGCACAUUCUUUUUACAAUUUUAUAUAUUUUAUAUUGCUUAUAAUAGUUGGUUCCUUCUUCAUGAUUAACCUGUGUUUGGUUGUCAUAGCAACUCAGUUUUCUGAAACAAAGCAACGAGAGAAUCAAUUAAUGCAGGAGCAGCGAGCACGUUUUCUUUCAAACGAUAGCACAAUUGCAAGUUUCUCUGAGCCAGGCAGUUGCUAUGAGGAGCUCAUUAAGUACAUUUGCCACCUCUUAAGGAAGGUGAAACGCCGAAUUCUGCGUCUUUACAACAGUUGGCAGAAUAAGCAAAGAAAGAAGGUCGACCCCAACAGCACAAAUGACCAAGGAAAGAGAUGGCGGAAUAAGGGCCGAGUACGGUCAAUUCAUCAUUUAAUCCAUCAUCAUCACCAUCACCAUCACCACCAUUAUCAUAUCAGCAAUGGCAGUUCAAGGGCGCAGCGAGACAGUCCAGAACUCUGUGAUAUGGAGAUGAAAUCAUUGCGAGCUAGCAGUAAGCUCAUGCUUCCGUCACCUGCACUGAACCAUCAGACUCCUUCUCCGGGUGCCGAAUCAGUUCACAGUAUUUACCAUGCUGACUGCCACUUUGAAGGCCCUCAAAUGACUUGCAAGUCUUCCACUGCAGCUAAUGUUAAACUGAUGGCUGGCCUCACACACCAUGGGGACAUGAACUACCCAACAAUAGUAUCCUCUGUGACUAGCAGAAGCAGCUCCAUACCAAAAUCAAAAGGCAACAAAAGCAGUAAUGCUCCCCUCACAGUGGGUAAAAUCAGCUCUAACUUGAGCAUGUUGGACCCCUACGGCAAACUGCACCAUUUUGUGGGAGAACAUGGUGUCUGUCGAAGUGCAAGCAAGUUGUCGGGGCUCAGCAUGCCAUGCUCUGCCCUCAGCACUCAAGCCGGGAUCAUGGCCUGUGAACUUCAGAGCUGCCCCUACUGUGCCAAGGUCUUAGAAAACCCAGAACUGGAGAUCACUGAUUCAGAAAGUUGUGAUUCCGAUGCUGAUGGCAUCUAUGAGUUCACACAAGACGUCCAGCGGACUGACCAAAGGGAUCGGAAGCACAAGAACAAAAAGGCGCCAAAGGAAAAGAAUAAAUGUACCUUGUUCUUGCUAUUAUUCUCUGAGAAAACAAAAAGAAUUGUGGAGAGCAAAUAUUUCAAUCGUGGGAUUAUGAUAGCCAUCCUGAUCAAUACUCUGAGCAUGGGCAUUGAGCACCAUCAUCAGCCCGAGGAGCUUACAAACGCCCUGGAGAUCAGUAACAUCGUGUUCACCAGCAUGUUUGCAAUGGAAAUGAUCCUCAAACUUCUAGCAUUUGGUCUCUUUGACUACAUUAAGAAUCCAUACAAUAUCUUUGAUGGAAUUAUAGUCAUUAUCAGCGUGUGGGAAAUUAUUGGGCAAAAUGAUGGCGGCCUUUCAGUGCUAAGAACGUUCAGGCUCCUCCGAGUCUUGAAGCUGGUGCGUUUCUUGCCUGCAUUGAGACGCCAGCUCGUGGUCCUGAUGAAAACGAUGGACAACGUGGCCACCUUCUGCAUGCUGCUCAUGCUCUUCAUAUUUAUCUUCAGUAUUCUAGGCAUGCACCUGUUUGGAUGUAAAUUCAGCUUGACGACUGAGAAUGGGGACACGAUCCCAGACAGAAAGAAUUUUGAUUCCUUAUUGUGGGCAAUUGUCACCGUAUUUCAGAUCCUUACUCAGGAGGAUUGGAAUGUAGUGCUGUAUAACGGAAUGGCUUCCACUUCACCUUGGGCUGCCCUCUACUUUGUGGCAUUGAUGACUUUUGGCAACUAUGUACUGUUUAACCUGCUCGUUGCUAUUCUUGUGGAAGGCUUCCAAGCAGAGGGUGAUGCCAAUCGAUCAGAUACAGACGAAGACAAAACAUCUGCUAAUUUUGAUUAUGAGUCCGAGAGGUUGAAAGAGCCUUCCACAGAAUUAAAAAUGUAUUCAGUAGUCAUGACACCAAACGGACACUUGGAUUCCCGAAGCAGCAUUGCGCCUCCGAUUAUCCUCCGCACGGCAGCUACCCCCAUGCCUAUCCCAAAGAGUUCCUUGUAUAUGGAUUCAGUUCACACUUACGUGGAGAGUCGAAGAGGCAGCAGUGCUUCGAUUGAUCCUAUAAAUUAUGACCAGAGAUCUUUGUCCAGCGUCCGCAGUUCACCUAGCGCCCCUUGGAGCACUAACAGCAACUGGGGGAGCCGUCGGUCCAGCUGGCAUAGCCUUGGGAGGGCACCAAGCCUGAAAAGGAAGAAUCAGUUGGGAGAAAGGGAAUCUCUGCUCUCUGGUGAAGGGCACCAAAGCUCCGACGAUGAUGGCGAAUCUGAAGAUGCAAAGUCUAGCAAAAUGGGCAGCGUCAGCGGGUGGUCUUUGCACCACCGAGCGGAAUCGGUGGACACCAAAGGUUCCUUGGACUUCCCUGAGCUCCUUCAAGUACCAGUGAUGAGACAUCCUGUCACCAUGAAUCCCAUGAGCAUGACUCCACCUGACUACCAUGACUGCAAUGGCAAAACCCUGCACGUUCCCAAUGACGUCUUCCUUCGUAUGGACCAACACAAAGAAGAUCCAAGUGAUUAUGAAGAUGAAAUGGAUGAAAGCUACUGUUUUAGGAUUCAAACAUUUCUGGAGCCGUACAAACCAAACUGGUGUAAAGCACAUGAGGAUUGGGCUCUUUAUCUAUUCUCUCCUCAAAACCGGUUCCGCAUAAUAUGCCAGAAGGUCAUUGCUCACAAGAUGUUUGAUCACGUGGUUCUGGUUUUCAUAUUCCUCAACUGCAUCACCAUUGCUCUCGAAAGACCUGAGAUUGACCCAAGAAGCACAGAACGUCUUUUCCUUAGUGUUUCAAAUCACAUCUUCACGGCUAUUUUUGUUGCUGAAAUGACUGUUAAGGUUGUGGCACAGGGAUUCUUUUCGGGUGAAAGCGCUUAUCUCCAAAGCAGCUGGAACAUUUUGGAUGGAAUCCUGGUCUUUGUUUCUGUCAUUGACAUCGUUGUCUCCAUGGCAUCAGCAGGCGGAGCAAAGAUCCUUGGUAUUCUUCGUGUGCUGCGCCUUUUGAGAACUCUGAGACCCCUUCGAGUCAUCAGCAGAGCUCCAGGUCUAAAACUGGUAGUGGAAACCUUAAUAUCUUCCCUGAGACCUAUUGGGAAUAUUGUGCUCAUCUGCUGUGCUUUCUUUAUCAUCUUUGGAAUCCUAGGGGUCCAGUUGUUCAAAGGGAAGUUUUACCACUGUGAAGGACAUGAUACGAAGAACAUUACUAACAAGCCAGAUUGCCUCCAAGCCAACUUCAAAUGGUUGCGCCGUAAAUAUAAUUUUGAUAAUCUGGGACAGGCAUUGAUGUCACUCUUUGUGUUAUCCUCCAAAGAUGGUUGGGUGAAUAUAAUGUAUGAUGGCCUGGAUGCUGUGGGAAUAGACAAACAGCCGCAAAGGAAUCACAACCCAUGGAUGCUUCUGUUUUUCAUCUCCUUCCUUCUGAUUGUGAGUUUCUUCGUGCUCAACAUGUUUGUUGGUGUCGUGGUGGAGAACUUCCACAAAUGCCGGCAGCACCAGGAAGCUGAGGAAGCCCGGCGGCGCGAGGAGAAGCGUUUGCGGCGGCUCGAGAAAAAGCGCCGGAAAGCCCAGCGCAGGCCGUAUUAUGCCAACUACUCACCUGCUCGACUUUACAUCCACACAAUGUGUACCAGCCACUACUUGGAUCUGUUCAUCACAUUCAUUAUUGCUAUCAAUGUCAUCACUAUGUCCAUGGAGCACUAUGAACAGCCAAUUAAACUUGAAGUGGCUCUGAAAUAUUGCAAUUAUGUCUUCACCGUCGUCUUUGUCUUCGAGGCUGUUCUUAAACUAGUUGCAUUUGGCUUCCGGAGAUUUUUUAAAGACAGGUGGAACCAACUAGAUCUUGCCAUUGUGCUUCUCUCAAUAAUGGGAAUAACCUUGGAAGAAAUUGAACUUAAUGCCUCGCUCCCUAUUAACCCCACCAUCAUUCGUAUUAUGAGAGUUCUACGAAUCGCAAGAGUGCUGAAACUGCUCAAGAUGGCGACUGGAAUGAGAGCUUUACUCGACACUGUUGUACAAGCUUUGCCUCAGGUGGGAAAUCUUGGCUUAUUGUUCAUGCUCUUAUUUUUUAUCUAUGCGGCUCUAGGGGUUGAACUCUUCGGUAAACUGGUUUGUAACGAUGAAAACCCAUGUGAAGGACUGAGUCGACAUGCAACGUUUGAGAAUUUUGGAAUGGCUUUCCUGACUUUAUUCCGUGUUUCCACCGGUGACAACUGGAAUGGAAUAAUGAAGGACACUCUGCGUGAGUGCAGUGGAGAGGACAAGAGCUGCCUCACCUACCUCCCCUAUUUCUCUCCUGUGUAUUUUGUCACAUUUGUUCUGAUCGCCCAGUUUGUGCUGGUUAACGUGGUGGUCGCCGUGCUGAUGAAGCACUUGGAGGAGAGCAAUAAAGAAGCAAAGGAGGAUGCAGAGCUCGAUGCAGUGAUUGAGCUGGAGAUGUCACGAGGGCUUGGGGCGUCAAGCAGCAGUAUUGGGCGUACGCCUGUACUUGAAAACAGAACUCUGCACCCUGGGCAGGAGUCAAUGAAAAGCGAAUCACCAGUGCAUGUAAAACAAGCCACAGGAGAUCCUCGAUACAACAAGCUGGUGGUAGAGGAUAAGAAGGAAAAUUUACUUACAGUCCGGAAGGUCUCGGUAUCUCGAAUGCAUUCCUUACCAAAUGACAGUUACAUGUUCCGCCCCGUCAGACCAGCACAAGCUCCCUUCCCCUUGCCUGAGAGUGAGCUGUAUCAAGGGACAUCACCUACAGGGUCUGUGACUUCAGUCCAGUCCCAACCUGUUGAAGUCUCUACACACCUUGAAGUUCCUUCCAACUGUGUUCAGCAUAGCUUUGCUUCCAGAAGCCAAGGCCUCAAUACCCUCCCUAAAAUACCUCCACCACAGAGAAUGCCAAGAUCUCCCAGUGUAAACAGGCUGCUACGUAGACAGGAGGCUGUCAGAACUGACUCUAUAGAUGGUAUCAGUGCUGAAUCCAAAGGCAACAUGAACAUUCAGUCAACUGACAGUCUUCAACUGAAAGUUUCACCUCAGCACAUCUUGACGGCUCCAUCACUGUUCCAGCCUUCACCAGUUUCUCCGAAAGUCACACCUCAAGCUUCACCACCAUCACUCCAGUGUGGCAAGCAGACGAGCGUCCACACACACAGGCAGGUCUACAGCCAGCACAGCAUCCCAUGUCGCUCACCGAGCCACAGCAGUCACAGCACCAGUGUCGGGAGCAUGCACUUUGACUCUGUGGACCCAGCCGAUGAAGAAGUUCGGCACAUCAACAACUCAGCGAAAAUCUGGAGAUCACAGUCAGAGGCGAGGAGUUUGACAUCGCCAUCUUUAAUGUCCACAAACCUUGCAGCUGCUGCACUAAGGAACAGCACAACCAGCUUGUCUGGAGCUGGCAUGGAAGUGGAAUUGAAGAAAUUUUAUAGCGUUGAUGCACAUGGGUUUCUGGCCAAGCCUUCUUGGGGCGAUGACCCGAGGAGGCAUUCGAUUGAAAUCUGCCCUUCGAUUGAUGAUGGCGAUGCAAGCUUUCAGUUUGAGGACCCCUUCUCCACCGAGCAGGACCAGCAGCCUCCUAUCUGCGUGCAGUCUGAUUCCGAAUACAUUCUCUCUCCUCGGAGGAAAAAGAAGAUGAGCCCGCCCUGCAUCUCCAUAGAUCCCCCAUUGGAGAAUGAAGGUGGGCCUGCAUCUCUCAGUGCAAUGUCUGAGAGCAGCAUGCACUUACGCAGGCGGACACCAUCCUGUGAGUCAGGACCUUACAGGGAUUCAUUGGAACUUCUCGAGCUACAGCCUGGGGAUCAGACCUCGAAAUCAGAGAGAAGGGCGUCUCCUGCCUGUCGAAAUGAGCACCUUACCAUCCCAGACUUUUCAUUCGACCAGUCAGACGCGAGCUCGUUAAGUAGUCUGUCUGACCUGUUAUCUGACAGUAAUCACUCCACCCCUUCAUCCAGUGUCUCGGUGGAUUCCAGGGCAGGCUCGGUGGCAUCUGAACUGACAAAAGUGGACCUCUUAAACCCCAGUGACAAUUCUGACGUUCACAGGCCGGAGGACAGUGCAGAUUUACUGAAGGCCACCAGGAGCCCUCUGAGAAAAAGGGGUUUAAUCCGCAUGGCUAACACACGAGAAGAUACAGACGAGCUCGUAGUAUAGCUGAGACAGAUAAAAGAGUUUGGAAACUGCAAAAAACAAUUAUCCAAUGCGAUGAACUACUGUAAAACAGAGGCUAUUACUCUGUCUCGCAGUUCCUGCUGUUUGAUCCCUUAUCACUGUUUCAUUGAGCUUGUAAAAAAGGGAUGCAAAAAAANUGGGAUAUGCAAAUGUUUUUGAAUGGGACAUGAUUAGCUUCCCAUAGCUCAAUCACAUUGAUUCGAGUCAGGUUUAUGUGUACUGGCACUUUAUUGUGCAAAGCCUCAGUAUGCAAAAGUGCAGAAAAGAUGAGAACUAUACAUCGCUGUAUGUUUUCAAUGUACAUACAAAUAAUUAUGUAUUAGUGACAAAUAAUUUAACUAUGUCUUCAUAAUGCACAUAUUUUUAUAUAGAACUGUAAUGUUUUGCACACUUAAAAAUUGAAUUCCAAGUUGAGUGGCGUUCCUGGUGUUUUUAGUGGAAUGUAUAUAAUUUAGAAUUUUUACUUUGGGUUCUCCUUUUUUGCUUGCUCAUACUAGUUGCAUAUUCUCAGUGUUUACUUUAUUAAUAUAAACCCCUUUUAAUGAAUGCCAAACUACUACUGGGUUGUAGUCAGUGCAAUAAUAGAACUACUUAAUUCAAUCCCGAUCUGAUGGGUUUUUGUUUUGCGAAAGAAGUAAUACAUUUCAAUCAGGUUAAACUGCAAUGCAUUUCUGAGACCAUUGAUGUUAAGGCAUCUUAAUACGUACAUGUCAAACAAAAAAAUAAUUAAAGUUAAACUUAAUCGGGGAAACUACUUGUUGAAAUCAAAUGCAUUUUAUUUACAGUUUGGUAGAUUAUUGAUGGUAUAUGUAAAGUUACAUGCAAUUCCUGGUCAAUGAUGUUAAAUCUAGCCUUUGCAAGCAAACCUGUUUAUGUUUACUAUAAGGCAUCAUGCAACCAUGCAAGAUAUAUCUGUAAUUUCAUUCCCAAAUGCCUGUUUCUGUAUUUAUUUUUUAUUUCUGGCUAAUCUGGUUCACGCAAAAUAUGUUUAAAAUGUCUGCUAGUGUAGAAUAAAUCAGCGCUUAUGUCUUAAUAAAUAAAAAUUCUGCUUUUUCAUUGUA